AUGACAACUAGACGCGAGCUCCGUCUCGAAGGAACUCAGCAAAGUCCAGCGGCAGUCGUGGCGGCUUCAAUUGAUGAUGGCAAGAAGCACCUGCUUCUGGCCGCGAGUGGUUCUGUUGCCAUAACCAAACUACCUCUGAUCGUAUCCGCGCUUAGAGAUCAUCCGAACCUUUCCAUUCGAGUUAUCUUGACUGAAAAGGCGGCCAGGAUUCUUACAGGCCAGUCAGCGGAACAGCCCGCCGUCUCUGCGCUGGCUUCGCUCUCUAACGUUGAUGGUAUUUACCUUGACGAAGACGAAUGGAGUCAUCCUUGGGUAAGGGAUUCAAAUAUAUUGCAUAUAGAACUCCGUCGUUGGGCUCACCUCCUCGCAAUUGUCCCAAUGUCGGCCAAUCUACUAGCGGACGUUACGGGAGGGUUUUGCCACGACCUCUUAACCUGUGUCGUUCGUGCCUGGGACACAAACUGCACAAUUAUCGCCGCACCGGCUAUGAACCAGUUGACCUGGGAGCAGCCCAUCACAGCAAAACAGGUAUCAGUACUUGCUGAAGACUGGAAAUGGUUUGAUAUAUUAUCUCCACAGACAGCAACAGAAGCUUCCGGUGACCUUGAGGAAGAAGUAAUGUACGAUUGGACUGAAAUUGUAAGCGUUAUUGAGAGACAACUGGUAGUAAUUGAGUAG